UCUUGUGGCCGAGGAAAGAUAAUACACCUAAAAUAAUUAGGUUGAAACCGGAAGUUUCAGACGCCAUGGAAACACAUGACGCUGACCUGUGGUGCUAAAUUAACAGCUAGCUAGCAUCAAACGAAUAGCUAGCUACUGGUGAAAUUAAUGUAUCGGAAACCAAUGAAAGUGGUAGUUGACUUACAGUUUAGAGCGGUAUCAUGCCCUGGUGUGCAUUUGCCAGCCAAGGAUGACAUCUACCUCAGUGUGUGCUUCAUGAGCCAAUACCGCAAGUCGGAGUGUCUCCCCCCUGUCUUCCCUCUCCUGUUUCGAGAGAAGAUGAGAUUUGAGAAAUUUCUGUUCCCAUCCAGGUGUUCCACUAUGCGGUUGACCCAGGAGAUGUUGCAGAGAUGUUGGAAUAUGAAACGGUCAAAGUUGAGUUGGUACAGUUGAUCCCCCCAGUGGGGGAGGCCCUGGCCUGCUUUGAGGAAGACGCCAGACGCUUCCUAUUUCCAGAGCCCAAAUUGGUUCCAUCCUUCUCUGGAGUGGACAGAGAGGUUCUCAUGACACGCUCCAUUAGCUUCCCUGGCAUUGCUCCAAGGUUAGAGUUCUCCACCAGAACAACCAUCAGUGAGUGCUCUGCGAACGCCGAGGUCAACAGCACCCAUCUCAGGUCUCCAAUGUCACAGAGGACAGUGGUGCCAAAGAAACGCACUAAAAGGUUGCGAAAGGGACACCGGAGAGGAGAUUGGGACGGUGCCCGGCGGGCACCAGUGAUGCCCAGAUCACGCUCCCUCUCCCCGUGCAAAGCCAGCCAGAUGGACGGUUGUCAUGGAAACAUGGGGCGGCUGGCACAGCUCAGUUUGGGUUCCAGCUGGGAUAUAGAUGAGUUUUUACUCCGUCAUAAAAGCGACCCCUGGCUUGGGACUGGACACUCCCCUACACCCCACCUCUCCCCUGUCAUGGCCAGACCCACCCUGGCCAACGACUCCUCUCCUCGUCUCCCACGGUCCCUGUCCUCUGACACAGACAAUCUCCUGGACUACCCACCAGGUCCAAGCCAACGGUGUUCCCUGGCUAACUUAGGGAGAUCCUCCACCCCUACACCCAGCCAUUCCAUGCUUUGGCACUCCCACAGUGAAAGCUCGAGACAACACGGGUCACGCCCCAGCUCCCAGGGCAUGUGGGAGGAGGUACAAGACCGCGUCCGAGGACUCCUUACCACCCCUAGAGCGGUGCACAGACUCACCCAUGGGGCCACUGACUCCGAGAUAGACGAGGUGCUAGCCCGGAGGUCCAUCUCCCCUAACCGAUGCCCACCCUAGGGAGUCAGUGGGGAACGGCCUGGGAAGGGGUGCUGUUCACUCAACAACUUGAAGCUUUAUCUUCUAUACAACCAGUGAAGAAGCCAAAGUGUCCGGUUCAUUUCGGCAUUGAUGUCAUACGAUAAUAAUGUCAUAAUUCACUCUGUGUGUGUGUUACGGUUAGAUGAAAUGAAGUAUUAAGGCAUACGGUGUCUAUUGAAGAGAAGUGAUUACCAGAAUUCAAAGCAUCUCAUUAUAUUAACGCUAAUGUUAUUAGUACAUUUUGUAUGUUUAUUUAUGGUAUUGAAUUGAGGCAGAAACCAUAGAAAUGCAUAUCAUUAUAGUCGUGUUCUGAGGACAUGGUCAUUUUGUGUGAAUAAAAACGUUUUGUGUUAUCUAACAACAACAAAAAUCAG